UCAGAUUAGAUACUCAAUAUGGCGGCGCGUUGUUUUCUCAAUUAUUUAGAGCUGUGUUGCAUUCAAGAAAUCUUUGCUUUUUAACUGAUUCCAUGUUGCAACGGCUAGGGAUUUGAUCGGUGUGUUUACAUGAUGAUUAAUCGAUUGUAAUACUUUUUAAUCGAAGAUAGAAAAUAAUAGUAAUGGUACGAAAGUGUUGUGCUUGUUUCAAAGGUUGUGGUCCAGGAGAAAAGAUAACCUUACACAAAUUCCCCAAAGACGUACUAAUCCGAAAAAAAUGGGUGAAGGCGAUUGAACGAAAAAACUUUGUACCUAGUAACACCAGUGUUCUGUGUAGCAGACACUUCACUCCCGAAUGUUUCACGUAUGGAAAAUCUGGGAUGCAAAAGAGAGUAUUCAUCAAGCCAAAUGCCGUACCAACUCUAUUUCCACCAAUUACUCAGAGCAGGAGAUCUCUAAUGAGAUCCAGCCUUCCGCCUCCGCACAUUAUAGAUUGUUCUGACAAUGAUCAUCGCCCGAGUCAGUCGAUUAGCCCGGAUGAAUAUACGAAGCAAGAUUCAGGAGCAUCUAAUGAUCCUAAUACCAGUGAAGCUGUCUCAUUAAUAGAGUCUACAGAUCAUGUUCUUGACAUAGAACAUGUAAACAUGAAGGGUGGAAGUCCAAUUGAUUGGGUAGAACAUUUUGAUCAGAGUGACAAUUCCUUAGCUUCAACUAAAGAGCACAAUAGUUCUAUGGAUUGGAGUGAACAUUGUGAUCAAAGUAAUGAUUCCAUCAUGCGAUGCAAAAGGGACCUAUUGUCUGAAUCUUGUGCAGAAGAAGGGAAAGAAUACAACGACAGCGAUGACGUCCAUGAGUUUAAAUCACGCCGAAGAGCUCCAAGGAAUAUGAAUCAGGCAUUGAGUUGCAUAGCAGCUCAGCGUAGAGAACUGAAAAUAGUUAAACAGAAAAAUAGAUUGCUUGAAAAACGUCUUUCGAUACUCAAGACGUUAUUAACACAUGUUUUAAAUGGAAAGGAUCUUCCUGAGGACGACAAUGACUCUGAUUCAGAUUCGGAAUUUGAAAUUUGGAGUGGGUGAUAAGUUUGAUGGAUUACAGAUUUCUGAAUACGAUAUGGGAUUACUAAUAGAGUUAGACGCUCAGUGUUGUUAUCAGGUGCGGGCCAUCCCACAAUAUUCGUUUUUGGAUUGAAAAACUGUCGAAAAUAAUUUCCUUUGGUGUUUGUCUAUCAAUAAUCCCAAAGAGCUGUAGCAUUGAACUGUAAAUUGCGUGUCAAAGUUCGUUUUGAUUCGAUUUAGGAAUUGAUAAAUCUGUUGUGUGAUUGGCAUAUUUUUUUAUUGAUAAUCUUGCAAAUUGAUAAUUUUAUUACUGCAAGUUCUAUUUUCCAAAUAUGGAGGACCCUUGGGAUUGACAACUGCCUGGUAAUGAAGUCUCAUACUAUGUAUAAUAAUAAUCAUAUUAUUAAUUGUGACAACAGUAAAUUGUGUAUAAAUAAAUCUUAUUUCUAUUUUA